AUGUUCCUCCGGCCGUUCUUCACGGUCCUUCUCGUCCUCCUCUUUUGUCUUCAUGCAACAUGCGCCACAAUAAAGAUUCGGUCCGUACCGAUCUCAAACACAAAGGAAGUCCUCGAGCACACAACUGAGCCCAUCUCACCCUCAAUACACGACGCACCACCAGUAGCAGCUGUACUUCGGCGGUCCAAACGUCACGAAACAACGAUCGACUGGAGAGAGGAUCAGGCUUUGAGGCUGGAGUCGGAACGCGAGGCGGGAUUUCGUCUGGGCUCUUAUGAUGACAAUAAUAACGACGAUGAUGACAAUGAGUGA